AUAAAGACAAGAUAUGUUCCAACACUUCAUUUUAUCAUUUCGUAUUUUAAAAACGCACUCGCAAUCGCAAUUGUCUUGCAUACUUAUAUUUUAAAUUUACGUUAUGAAUACAUCAUGUUGAAACAGUGGUGCAAAAUACCUGUCAUUCUGACAAUACUCGUUCUUAUACCUGUUCAGGCAUCACAUUUUCGAGGAGCUAUUAUAACAUGGAAACCAGGGACACUUCAGAAUGAAGUUAUUAUAGAAUAUCGUAUUUCAUGGAGAAUGACGUACAGUUCUAAAUUUACUUGUGAUGAUGACAUCAUACAACAAGGAAAUAAAAUUGGUGGUGAAGGAUCAAUCGAAUGCUUUCAAAACUGCCAAGGUUUUCUCGGACAACUUUACUAUAAAUGUACAGAUUAUAGUGUGAAUGAAGACUGGUCAUCCGGGAGAGGUCGAAUAAUAGCCACGUUAAAUCCUUAUUAUUCUUAUUAUGGCUAUUCGAAAAGUUUUGAAUUCGGAUUUUCAGGACAAGCUUGGAUAGAUAAGUUGGUAGUAGGAUCUAGCGGGUCUUGGAUGCUUCGGGCUAGAGCUAAUUUGAAAACAAGAUCAGAUAUAGGACGAAUAAAUUCAUCGCCAACGGCUGAGAUAUCUCCAAUUGUUCGACUGCAACGUGGUUGUAAUCAUUCAAUUAUUAUACCAGUAAGUGAUCCUGAUAAUGACAUUGUGAAAUGUCGCUGGGCAAAGAAUUCUAAAACUGAAUGUGGCAGCGUAUGCGAAAGUCCACCAAAUGCUUCUAUGAAUUUUGAUACAUGUACAAUAACAUAUGAAGCCAAACAGACUGGAUGGUUUGCUGUUCCAAUUCAAGUAGAAGACUUUGCCGAUGUUAACUCGACAACACCGCUCAGUAGUAUACCUGUUCAGUUCCUGUUUAACGUUUACAAUGGUAGUAGUUCUUGCGAAAAGACUACAAUGUUUGUAGAUCCAACACCUCCAAAUAGCGCUUGCAUAGGCGUACCUUUCAACAAAGUGCUUCGUGUAGCAAUUGUUGCACGUGUUGUAAAUGCAAACAGGAGUAUAUCCGAAAUCAAGACAAUAUCCCCGCUUGGUAUGACUAAGGGUCACCUAUACAACGUAUCUUCAACUGAUUGGAGAAUGAAUGUCUCAUGGUCACCUACAAACAGGGAUGUGAGGAACACCUUUUGCUUUUCUGCUGUCGAAAGUUCUACUAGAACUGAGAGUGACAAGAGAUGUGUAACACUACUUGCAGGAAUUUCACCUCCGUCACUGCUGAAAGAUUCACAAAUGCCUCCAGGAAAAGUCAAUCCUUACAAUACAAAAUGGACUAUAUCAACAGAUGGAAAUGUUUUACGGGCAUCAAGACCAUCUUUCAUCAGACUGUAUAAUAACACAGGAUACCAGCUUGAACAGAUUGAUGCCUCAGAUACAAAUAAACUCAAGAUCAAUGGAAAAACUGUUUCUUUUACAACGUCAGCUACUUUAGAAGAAAAGCAAUAUUAUUACUUUCUCUUCGAUUUUGGUAAAUUUUGAUUUAUCUGUUGCCUUUUGAGCUC